CGCCGAGCCGACCCCGGCCGCAGGCCGCGAGCGCGGAGCCCGCGCCCAGCGGGGGAUGGCCGGGAGCAGGAACAUGGGUUUAAAAUCUCGGCCUUUAACAAACGCUGGCGUCCAGUCUGAAGGGAGGAACAGGGAUGGGUGUUGCCUGGGACCCGCGCAGCCCGAGCUCUCCGCGCGCCCGAGGUCGGAACGGGCUCUGACAUUCUGGUGCAGAUGGGAUCAGAGCCCGAUUCUGGCACCGAUCACUUCCAGGUGGAUCGUCAGGUGUUCUCAGAACUGACGCAUCUAAGCUGGAUGGAAUUUAGCAUCAAAAAAGGUCCUCUUUCUGUGCAGAAAGUUGUAAAGUGCAUAAAGAUGAAGCAAGCACCAGAAAUCCUUGGCAAUACAAAUGGAAAGACUCAGAACUGUGAAGUGAAUCGCGACUGUUCUGUAUUCCUCAGCAAAGCUCAGCUUUCUAACAGCCUACAGGAGGGGGUCAUGCAGAAGUUUAAUGGCCAUGAUGCACUUCCCUUUAUUCCAGCAGAGAAGCUGAAAGAUCUUACUUCUUGUGUGUUUAAUGGUGAACCUGGUGCUCCUGAUGCCAAAUUGUGUUUUGAGUCCCAGGAAGCAAAAGGAAUUGGGACACCACCCAACACUACUCCUAUCAAAAAUGGCUCUCCAGAAAUCAAGCUGAAAAUCACCAAAACAUACAUGAAUGGGAAGCCUCUCUUUGAGUCUUCUAUCUGUGGUGACAGUGCUGCUGACCUGUCUCAGUCAGAAGAAGAUGGGCAGAAAUCGGAGAGCAAGGUGAGGAGGAGCAGGAAGAGGAGCAUAAAGUACGACUCCUUACUGGAGCAGGGCCUCGUGGAAGCGGCUCUGGUGUCCAAGAUCUCGAGUCCUGCAGAUAAAAAGAUUCCAGUUAAGAAAGAGUCCUGCCCAAACACUGGUAGAGACAAAGACCACCUGUUGAAAUACAAUGUGGGUGACUUGGUGUGGUCCAAAGUGUCCGGUUACCCUUGGUGGCCUUGCAUGGUUUCUGCUGACCCCCUCCUUCACAACUACACCAAACUGAAAGGUCAGAAAAAGAGUGCACGCCAGUAUCACGUACAGUUCUUCGGUGAUGCCCCAGAAAGAGCAUGGAUAUUUGAGAAGAGCCUUGUAGCUUUUGAAGGAGAAGGACAGUUUGAAAAGUUAUGCCAGGAAAGUGCCAGGCAGGCACCCACGAAAGCCGAGAAAAUCAAGCUGCUGAAACCUAUUUCUGGGAAACUGAGGGCUCAGUGGGAUAUGGGCAUCAUUCAGGCGGAGGAAGCUGCCGGCAUGUCAGUGGAAGAGCGGAAAGCCAAGUUCACCUUCCUCUACGUGGGGGACCAGCUACACCUCAACCCCCAGGUGGCCAAGGAGGCUGGCACUGCUGCCGAGGGCUCCGGAGAGGCGGCAGCAGAGCCAGGCGGGGUUGGGGAUGCAGCUGCUACAGACCCUCAGGCCUUGAGGGAAGAGUGCAUUCCUGUGAAGAGGAGGCGGAGAGCCAAGCAGGCUAGCUGUGUGGAGAACCAGGAGAGUGACGUCAGCAUGGGGAAGAGCACUCCGCAGAAGUCCACAGAGGCUGGGCCCAAAAGGGGAGUCGGGUCUCCCCCCGGGAGGAAGAAGGGUACAGCCUCCACUCCACGGAGCAGGAAGGGAGAUGCGGUGUCCCAGUUUUUGGUUUUCUGUCAAAAGCACCGGGAUGAGGUCAUUGCUGAGCACCCAGAUGCGUCCGGCGAGGAGAUUGAAGAAUUGCUGGGAUCCCAGUGGAACAUGCUCAAUGAAAAACAGAAAGCUCGCUAUAACACCAAGUUUGCCCUUGUGACCUCGGUCCCAUCUGAAGAAGAUCCUGGUAAUGUAAAUGGGAAAAAAAGAAAUCAUACAAAGAGGACAGAAGACCCUCCAGAAGAUGUUGAUGUUGAGGAUGCACCCAGAAAGAGACUCAGGACUGACAAGCACAGUCUUCGGAAGAGAGAGAUGAACACUGACAAGGUGGCCAGGACCAGCUCCUACAAGGCCAUGGAGGUGGCCUCCUCACUCAAGAGCCAGGCAGUGACGAAAAAUCUGUCUGAUGCGUGCAAACCGUUGAAGAAGCGAAAUCGGGCUUCUGCAGCAGCGUCUUCCACUCUUGGGUUUAGCAAAAGUUCAUCUCCUUCUGCAUCGUUAACUGAGAAUGAGCUUUUAUGGGAGCCCACAUCAGUCAAGUUGGACUUGAACCCAGCUGCCCUGUACUGCACUUAGAGUGACGUAAUGUCCCAAGAUGUCUGCGGCAGGUGGCGCAUCAUCGUACACACUAAGUGACAUUUCUAUCACAAUCAUUUUAUGGAAGAUGUGUGAUAAUCUGUUUUUACUGGUAUUAAUAAACACAUACAAUGAAGAAAACAGAUAACAAAUUUUAAGACCAAGGUAAGAUACCUAAUCAAGGCCAUUUAAUCAAUCACAUUCAUCUCAUGAUAGAAACACAUUCAUAUUCCAGUGAUUAAUGUAGAUUUCAAGUUGAGAAGGAGGCUGUUCGAUGGGGGCUGUCCUAGCACUGAGACGGGCACCCACUGAAGGGGCCAUGCUGUUAUAGAGGUCAUUUUUCCCUCUAGUUCAUAACUUACCGAAUUUUUAUGGAGAAAUGUCAGCAUCUGUUCCUUCAGAAACAAACAACAAACAGCACACAUUAAGGGGCCCUUAUCAACUAUUCUCAUUGCCAAUGAAAUGUAUUCAAUACUGUAGAUAUUAAACUAAUUUCCAACAUAAAAGGCAAGAAGAGUUUUGAUUCUGUCCUUUUUUACUAAACAGUUUUACUAUAACACUAGACACAGUAAAUUUUUAGGAAAAUAUGCUGUUUCCAGUAUCAUUGUGAACCAUUCAACUCUCAACCCAGUGACUGAUAUCUAGGGGACACCAUGACCAGGUUAUUUACGCCAGCCACUUCAUCACUUGCUUUCGUAGAGCGUCAGCACCCUGUGCUGUCGUGGUCUCGGGUGCCAGCCGGGGCUCGAGCCCGCGGUCUGCCUGAGUGCACGGGAAGAAAGGCUCCGCUUGCCUCAGUGCUGCUCAAGGGCCAUUGCCAGCAGACACCGAUGUGUCCGACCUGUGAUGAAAGUUCUGACUAACCCUUCUGUUCCAAACCAUUAAGCAAUGUAACGCAUGUAAACACUUAGGGUGCCUGGCGCCUUGUGAGGACUCAGUGGUUCGCUGUUGUGAAAGUUAUGGUUAUAACAAUAAAAAAAUAAAAUUGCCAUCAUUUCAUUUUUAUCCAAAAGUAUAACUUUUACUUUGGCAUGAGACGUGACCUUGACUGCAUCACGCAUGUGGAGAUGAAGUAAACCCAGCAGUGGCGGCACCCUGGGUUGGUUUUUGUGACACGGUCCUGAGCCGGACACUGUGGCUGUGGGCUGGCAGGUGCCCCAUGGCCCUGCUCAGAUGUAGUGGGAGAUGUGACCCUCCAUGGCCUAGGAGUGGUCUAGAUUGUACUAUUCCUCAAAGGGAUGAGAGAACUCAGGUAAAUUUAAAAUUCUCCAGAAUGAUUGCUAAAUUUAAAAAUAUGACAAAGAGGUGAUAUGAAAAUGGCCUUGGUUCAGUAAACGAUCUCCUGAAGUAAAGAUGCUCGCUUGAAAGUCUCUGGCCCAGAAUUGAGGGGUUUCAUUGGGAUGUGCUGUGUUUGGGGCGGCAGCGGCCGGCAUGUGCAGACACAGGAGGAGGCAGCGCUGUCCUCUGUGAAGAGGAGGCCAGGACUCAGAUGACUAGUGCUGCCCACAGCGCAGCGUGGUCAGCGUCAUCUGAAGUGGAGGGGUAGUGAGAUGGUGAGGCUGGGCACGUGCGGUAUUCCUCUGCCCGGGGAGACCUUGUCCCUCUGAGGAUAUUGAAAGGUGGCCAGGGGUACUCAGUGGUCUUCAGUGAUGGGGACAGUUGCACAGGUGGCACAGUUGUCCUGCUCCAAAGGCCAGUCAUGGUACUGUUGCAGAGGAGCUAAGUUCCUGGAGGGUCAGCUCUUCCUUGGCCUCUGAAGAGCAGAGUGGACAGGGGUCGUUGCUCCGAAGGCCUUAGGAAGGAACAGUAGCUUCUCUGCCAGCAGUACAAAUGUUCAUUACAUUAUGAAUUUAGCAUGGAAUUCCUUCAUUUCCUAAAAAAUCAGUGUCACAACAAGACAUGUUUAGCCUUGAGAUUUUGAACUGUCCCUUUUGAGACGAGUUUUGCUUGUGUCAUAUGUAAAUCACUUUAAUGACCCUAUUUGACUUGCUUCAGACGAUCAUUCAUGUGCUUUGUUUGCCUGGCAAGGGACGUAGCUAUCUUGUAUAAGCUUGAGGCAUUUGAGAGGAGUAAAAACUUGUCUGAAUGUAUGACUGUGUUGGCUGUAGCUGUUCUAAAAGCGCAAGUCCUCCACUGUCCCUGAGCAGCGCUCAGGGAUGUGUGUUGGGAUAGAGGCCUGAGAGCUGCGGGCCAUGGGAUCCUUGAGAUCCUUCCAGACUUCCACCUCCUGAUGGGCCUUUCUUUAGAGCUGAUGCAAGGCUCAGUGUCCUCCUGCAGGUAUGAGGCCUCGAGGGGUGUGGUGGUCUCUCAGGACUCUCCUCAGAACUCACUUUAUCUAUAUUUCCCAACUGAAAAGUGUAACUCCAGUGUUCUUAAGAGGAUGUUUCUAAAAAAACCAACAAGAAACCUAAGCAAAGUUCCACAACAAGGAAGCAGAGGUUAUAGGACCUAGGGCAGGGGCCUGUGCCACACAGGAGGGAGUCCUGUCCCUUUCCUUUGAGGGACAGUGUGCUGUGACACGGGAGGAAAGGGGAAGGCUUCCUAGAGUGUAGCCUUAGGGGUGUCUGACUAGUUCAUGCAGAAGCACAUGAGGCUUCGCCCGGGGCUGUGCGGUGUUGGCAGCUGGAUGGAGAGGGCACCAUUGCAUUUAUGGUGGGGCACGCAGAGGAAAGGCAGGGAAGUGGAGCAGAGACCUCAGCGUCAGCGGCAGGUUUGCCAUUCUCAUGGUCUCCUAGCCCAGUGUUUGAACCGAGUCUGGGAGUAGCCUGACAAUGGUGGGUGAGCCUGGAGUCCAUGAAGGGUCUGUCACAGAAACACCCUGAAAAGGAGAAAAAUUAAGGCUAUAAGUUGACAUAUAGUUCCCCAAGCAAACAGUGUUGUCCGCGUGUGUGUGUAAGAUGGAAGGGCUACAGUGCUCUGGUGGAAGGCUUGGUGAGGCGAGACUGGUGAUCUGUCUGUGCCAGGGAGCUCCGUGCCCCUGAGUGCCCUGAGCAGGAGGUGGGCCAGGUGAGCCUGAGAUGUCCAGAGGGCAUCCUGCACCUGGGGUGCCUGUCUGACAGUGCAGAUGAGAAACAAGGCUGCUAGGACUUGGCAGGUGUGACCCACCCUGAGCAGACUGCUUCUCACAGCCAGCACUUUGCAGGGGCCCGACUGGGCAGGCCUCUAUGCGGCCACCAGGGGGCAGCCCUGUGCGCUCAGCGUGCAGUGUGGGGCCCUGAAUGCUCUUACCCUCAGUAGUUUUGCUGCCUCAGGUCUUGAUAAUGAAGGAACAAAAAGUAACUGCUGAGGACUGCUGUUUGUCCUUGACAUUGCAGUCUUGAAUUGGAGGAGCUGCAGCGCCGUCACAUCAGAGGGCUUUCCAGGCCCACUCAGGGCCCGUGCUGCUUCCUCCUGACCCUACGGUUUUUUCUCCUCCUCCUCUGAAGAAACAUACUGACUCGCCCAUGUGCUGUAGGACAUUGGUAAAUGCAGUGGGUUUUGGCCCCUUAGGUACUGUCUUCAUUGUUCUGCCUAGGAUAUUAGAAAUGUCACUGCUUUACUUGCCAUUAGAAAUGGGAAGUGGACUCUUCUUAGCACAGAAAAGAUGUGUGUUCAUCUUUUUCAUCCAGGGAGCGGGGGCACACUCUCUGUGGUAAAUCUCCCCGGCAUUGGUACUAGCCAGGGCACCUUGCCAACAGGCCCUGCCCUGUCACCUGCCAGUGUCACUGUCUGACCCUGUGCUGGACCCCACACUUGUGGUCUUUCUAGCCUGCUUGUAGUUGCCAGGCUUUGGGCACGUAAGUCCUUGGCAGUAUUCCAAAGCAUGCUAGCGGUCUGUGAGCAGUGAUGGGGGCGGGGCCUGGCAUAGCCUGGCCACAGGGCGUGGGUCAGCAGCACAAGUGGAAGCCGGCCCUGUGGUGGUCUUCAAGCUCUCCAUCUCCAGCCUAUGGGCACAGCCCACUCCCAGAGGGGAGGCACUGCCCAGGAUGCGACGGGAACACAGUUGGGUUGGUGGAACAGCCUGGAGACUUGCUUUGCCUUUGGCAAGUGCAGGCUGGGAUCUGAAUGCAGCAGCCAUGUGGCCAGCUCUGGCCACAGCUGCCCUGGUUUUUGCUCCCCACAGGCGGCCUGACUGCACACAGGCUGGCUGAGAGCAGAAGAGGGAGUGGAGCUGUGACGCCCUGUGGGCUCGGCUCUGCGUCUUCAGGGUCUCCCUCUACCUACCACAGUAUGCAGGGCAGUGAGGAGGGCUCCGUGGUGUGCAGCUUGGAAGGAUCGUUUGUAGAAAGGUUGUUUCAAACUCUAGCAUUUUAGCUGAUGAGUGACUGACUUUAAAACUAUUUUCAUUCUACUCCAACAUUUCACUGUGAUGUUAACUUGGAAGACCUGUUUGAGAGUAGUCUUUUGAUUUUAAACUCAUUAAAUCUACUGAGCACAGGAUUCUUAUUUGUAAAUCUAAAACACUCUGUGACAAGUACUUCUAGUAACCAGUUCUUCCUUUGAAAAGCAUAACUCACACAUGCAAAGAAUGUUGGUUUACAGAAAUAUUUAUUGUUCAAGGUCUGUAAUUGUAUUUCAAAAAUGAUGUAGUAUUUAACUUGUGUGAAAGGAUUUGUUUUGUCAAAAAUUAAAAACUCGCUGUGUGUCAGAGCACGUGGAGGGGCACGCAGGUGGCCUGGUGGCACCCUGGGCCCUCCUGACAGCUGCACUGUGCUGUAGUUGGUUGGAAUGUGCUCACUGGGUCACACUGUGUUUGGUAAUGGCAUCUUGAGAGUCCCUGCCCCCAAAGGAAUGUAUUUUUAAGGCACGUAGGUAGCUUGGUACUGUCACAUGCUGAGUAGAGAGUUGAGAAAGUAUUUUCAGACUUAAGGAAAUUUGCAAAGGUCAGGAACUAAGCUGCUUGGAGAUCUGUGCCGCCAGUGUGGCCUCGGCGGGUGGGAAGGGACAGGAAAGCUGUUGACAGAGUCUGUGUCCAUUCUGUCACCACACUCUCCUUGCCCCCCCACCCUGUUGGAUGUGGAACAGGAUGUAGAUAUUGCAGGCUGAGCCCUGGGAACGCUGGGACUGCACAGGGGCCGUGUCACCUCACAGUGGCAUCUCCGAGUGAGUCCCCAAACCCAAUGUGCAUGCAGGUGAAGCCACGGCCCGAGGGAGGUGCCUGGCCCGUGCUGGUGGGUUGCCAAGCCGCACCCAGGGGCCCUGGGACCUGGCUAGGUGUCUGUCGCUGGCUUGUGGGGAGGGCUGCGGGGGUGAGAGGGGUCUUGUGCACUGUGUCAUGGACUGUGAUAUUGUAAGGUCUGUAUUCUGUAUGUGGAUCUCAGACCCCAACCAGGAAACAAGCCUCAUGUGUGUCGUUACAUUUAUAUUUCCAUUCAAAGUAUGUAUUCCAUGUUUAUUUCCUCAAAACAGACUUUGUUAAUUUAGGAAAUAUCUCCAAGUGGAAACGUGCUAACUUUCUGUAAAUCUUAAAUAAAAGGUGCUGUUCCUUCCUCUGA